AUGGUAGGUGUUAAGGCAUGCUCCUCUCAUGCUUGUGCAACUUCUAAAUUAUCUCCUGGUGAUAGUGCUUUUCUGGACAAUGCAACAGAGUAUAGAUCUCUUGUUGGUAGUUUGCAAUACCUAACAUGGACCAGUCAUGAAAUCUGCUAUGUUGUUAACCAGGGGACAAUCGAUCAUGGUAUUCUCUUUACCAAAGCAAUGCAAGAUUUGCAAGGUUUCUCAGACGCCGAUUGGGCUGGUGACCCUACUGACAGAUGGUCCACUAGUGGGUUUUGUAUCUUGUUUGGGGAACAUCCAGUCACUUGGUCAUGCAAGAAGCAUCCCAGAGUUGCGCGCUCAUCAACCGAGGCUGAGUACCGUAGUCUUGCUUAA